UUGGUAACAAUGUACAUCAUUGGCUCGUUUUGGUGUGUUGCCAACCAAUGGGCAGCCUUCUUGGAGCCGUGUAGUUCAGUCCUGCUUUGCCCGUCCGUCUGUCUGUCCCGUGGGCUGACUGGGUGUCGGUCAGCCAUUUUUUGAUUUCUUCACCGGACAGAGAGGUUUGGUGGGGAGGUGUGCCCACCUUUGACAUCGUUCUUUUACCAAGAAGUAUUGCUGUAAAAUGUACGGCAACGGGUAUCCGAAUCAGACGAUGUUCCCUGGUGGGAGACAAGGACGGGACAGACCAAAUUUUCAUUCAUUUCCGGGUCAUAGGCCGCAAAAUUUGUCUCCAAGGGCCUCUUUUAAUGUCAUGCAAGGGAAAAGUAUACUGGGAGCAGGUCUGCAUACUAACAGUGCUCAAGAGCAACAUGAUGCAGUCAGCCAUAUGGAUCAGAGUUUCGUGAUCAGUGAACCCCAUAAUCAAUUAAGAUCAGGCCAACCUCCUUGGUUUCCCCGUGGAGAUAGGGGAGACCAGCAGUUCAAGACCCGCUCCUGGUCGAAUACUAACAACCAGCAGAAUUAUGGCCUUAAGCAAGAUCAGACAAUGAAAAAUAACUUGAAAAACAAGCAACCUGGAGAAAAUCUGCGUAAACCGCAAUGGGACCUUAAUGCUCUCCAGAAGUUUGCGAAGAACUUCUAUGUUCCUCACACUAAUGUGGCCCAAAGGUCAGAUGAUGAUGUGAGAGACUACAGACUGAGCCGGGAGAUCACAGUUAAGGGAAAAAAUGUACCCAACCCAAACCAAGACUUUGAGGAGGGAAAUUUCCCAGAUUUUGUUGUCCAGGAAAUACGUAAACAAGGAUUUUCUGAACCUACUCCCAUUCAGGCCCAAGGAUGGCCAAUUGCUCUCUCUGGUCGUGACUUGGUUGGCAUUGCUCAGACUGGAUCUGGGAAAACUCUUGCUUACAUGCUGCCAGCUGCUGUUCAUAUCAGUCAUCAACCCCAGCUUAGUCGUGGGGAUGGUCCUAUUGCACUUGUGCUUGCGCCUACUAGGGAGCUUGCUCAGCAAAUCCAAAGUGUGGCCAGGGAUUUUGGCUCAUCCUCUCUAAUCAGGAACACUUGUGUUUUUGGUGGGGCUCCAAAGGGACCUCAGGCCCGUGAUUUGGAGCGAGGUGUUGAGAUUGUGAUUGCCACUCCUGGGCGAUUGAUUGAUUUUCUUGAGAGAGGAACUACCAAUUUGAGGAGGUGCACUUACCUGGUAUUGGAUGAGGCAGACCGUAUGCUUGACAUGGGCUUCGAACCUCAAAUUAGGAAGAUCAUUGAACAAAUCAGGCCGGACAGACAAGUCCUUAUGUGGUCAGCAACCUGGCCAAAAGAAGUACAGGCUCUUGCUGAAGACUUUCUGACAGAUUACAUUCAAGUGAACAUUGGUUCUCUGGAUUUGGCUGCCAACCACAACAUCAGACAGAUUAUUGAUGUUUGCCAAGAGCAUGAAAAAGAGGAAAAACUCUCAAAACUUCUUCGUGAAAUUAAUGGAGGCAAAGCUAUUGUUUUUGUUGAAACUAAGAAGAAAGUGGAUGAUGUCACCAAGCUUAUUCAAAGAGAGGGUGUUGCUGUUGCUGCUGUUGCUGGUGCAUUAAUCUGGCAAGCUAUUAGCAUUCAUGGAGAUAAAUCUCAGCCUGAACGGGACCAUGUUCUUGCUGAGUUCCGCAGUGGAAAAUCCAACAUCUUGGUUGCCACUGAUGUUGCUGCUCGGGGUCUUGAUGUGGAAGAUGUCAAAUUUGUGAUUAAUUUUGAUUACCCAAAUACUGCUGAAGAUUACAUCCACCGUAUUGGCCGUACUGGUCGUUGUCUUCAGAGUGGAACUGCUUAUGCCUUCUUCACACCUAACAACCAGCGUCAAGCCAAGGAAUUGAUCCAAGUCUUGCAGGAAGCCAAUCAGACUGUUUGCCCAGCCUUGUCUGAGCUUGCUAACUUGGCCCGUUCUCAAUAUGGAGGACGCAACCGGUGGAACAAAUACAGCACCAAGGAUACAUCCAAUGGUGAUCGUAAUCAAAAUCGUCAAAAUGGACAGAAUUGGCACAGCAACAAUAAUGAAAAUCGCGCCAAUGGUCUUGGUAAUGGUGUUCAUUCCACUAACUCGCCCCGUUUCAGUGGCCCCAAUGCCAACAAUUAUCGUAAUCCUGGUGAAAACCGUGGCAACUAUCAGAAGAAUGGUUAUCAAAAUGGAUAUCAAAAUGGAUACAACCAAACCAAUAGCUACCAUGGUCAGCAAAAUGGUUACCAUAACCAGAAUAGCUAUGGUGGACAAAAUGGCUAUGGCCAGAAUGGCUACAGUGGUCAAAAUGGCUAUCAAAACAACCGUGGAUAUGGCAACCAAGGGCAGCGCAGUGGCUACCAAAACAACCGUUUCAACAACCGCUUUAACAACAAUUAUGCCAAUGGUCAGGGAGGACACAGUGGUCAGAUGUUCAACAUGCCUCCACCAUUCAUGAUGCAGCCAACUGCUGAUGGUGGUGUCCAGAGUCUGAUUAACAACAAGUUUUUCCAGACCAACCGUCCACCACAGGCUAGUGGAGCCUGUGCAUACCAAAGCAUGUCUCCUAGUGCCUAUGGAGGCUACCAGACCCCAAUGGCUUACUAUGCUGGUUAUUCUCAGCCACAAGCUGUGCAGCAGUAGAUGUAUCUUCUCUCUGUAGUGAGCUGAAGUGGCUCAGUGUGUGGUUUGCUUUACUAUUAUUUUGCUCUAUAACACUGCUUAUCUAACUUAGAGAAAUGAUUUUUAACUAUUUUUUUUUCUUUGGUUGUUAUGAGUAUUCUAGUUUAGGAUGACAAUUCUUUUAAUAUCUACUCAUUAAACUGAUGUCUUCCCUCCAUUCAUAUAUUUGGACUGAGAGAUUGUUUAUUCCAUUGCCAUUAUUUUUGUGUUAGGGUCAGUUAGAUCAGCUGUCAUUAGUAGAGAUCUAGUUACCUGAGAGCUGCAUAAAGUUACCUGACCCGCUGGCCGGGCAGCGUGCCCUCCAGUUGCAAUGUGAUUUGACACACUAUCACCAAAGUUUUUCAUUGUUAACUAAACAGAGUUCUCCGUCUAUGAUCAAAAUUGUUUUUUUCUUUCUGAAUGUUAAUUUGUUUUAAGGAGUUCUCUGAUCAGUCAAAUGGCACUCAUUCAGUACAAUUGAAUGUGUAGUACUGGCUAUUGCUCAUGAAGCAAUGGGGAAAGGCAAGAAGCCAUCCCCUGUGUCCUGUGAUUUGUUUGUAUAUAUUGUUGACAAGAUUCAAGGAGCUGUUGAGAGUAACUGAUAAACCUUACAUACAGUCUCAAGCUUUCUCAGUUAUUGUAUAGGUCUGGAGGUUAUUCCCUUACUGAGGAGUGACAUAGAAUCUUCUCCAUUUAUCAGAUCUAUUUUCAUGUUCAUCUUGUGUUUCAAUUCAUCAUGCAUUGUGAUGUUAUCAAUGUAUAUGUGCAGACUGUUUUCACCUUUUUUUUACAAAUUGAUUUUAAGGGGGGUCUGGAAGUGAGUAGAUUUUGAAAGAACUCAAAUUCACUAUAUUAUUUAAUAUUGGUGUGUGGGACAAGCACUAUUUUUGUCAUUUUGAUCUUACAAUUGUUGAACCAAACAAAUGCUAUGUAAGACCACAUUCCAGUUUGUGUAUAUUUCCUUUUUGUCGACUAAUGUUAAAGUAGAUUUCCAUAUUUCUGUAUGCUGUUGAGAUGCACGAAACAUUCAGAAGGGGGGAGGGUUGGGAGGUACGACCACCUAGUUUUUAUUUUGUGUCGACUGACACUGCUAGAACUGGAAAGAAAACUAUUUUUUAAAAAUGUUCAACAAUGUAUUGAGGACCAGAUAUGCAUCUGGUAAAUAGAGUACAUUGUUAUUUAUCUUUUGUUGUGGGGGUAAUGAGCAUGCCAAUCAGUCAUAUACUGUUUUGUCGUGUGUUCCCUGAGCCUCUCUUAGGCUUCAAUUUUCUUAUGUGAAGAAAUUGUGACAUUAUGUCUACAACUAUUUAUUUGCCCAAAGACUUCAAAUUGUGGAAGUCUUUAUGUGUUGAAGUGUAUGGCUUUUUUUAUUUGUUUUUUUUUUCCUUGUGAAAAGAUAUUUAUAGAUCUUGAAAACGUUCCUUAACCCCCUAAAUGAUCUGUCCCCCUCAAGGGUCGUGUACAUAGUUAUGAAUCAGAGUUCAAUAUUAUGUGUAAAUUAUUGUGUACGUUUGGAUCAUACAUUGUGAUUCAUUCUCAAUUACACUUGUUCUGUGAUAUGUAAAUCGUAGCAAAUAAUUUUAACUUAAGUUGCAAGUCCAAGAGAGAAAGGUCGGUUAGAACCAUGCUAAUGAGUAUUUUGCUAUAGGGAACACUGUUAAUGGUCCUACUGUACUCUAAGUACUGAUUGUGAUAUUUUCUUCAAAAGACUGAUACCUGAAAGUGGUAUGCUUUUAUUAUGACUUCUGCUUUUUAGCAGGGGUUAAUUUCCCAACAUAAAAUUGUCAGUGUGUUGGAGUUAGUGAGACUCUGACAUAAAUGUUUUUUACAAUCUUAGUUGUAUGAAAGUCAAAACCUUGUGCAUUGACUUAGUUUUAUGGAGCCUACUCCACUUUUCUCUGUUAUACAGAUUGACACAAGGUAACUUAAAGCAUUGGUAGUUGGCAGGAGGAGGGAUGAGUGCUGGUUCUGGCCGUGAGGGGGUGCAUCACCUCCGAUGCCCUUCCACACUCCAUCGCCUACCUUUCUCAUUGGAAAUGGCAUGCCGUUUAUCUGUGGGCAAAUUCGUUUGGCAGUCCCUGUGAUUGUCGAGUGUUGAUAUUUGCUCUGUAUUACCUAAUGCAGAAACUUGUUUUGUUGUUCUUUUAUUGAAAGAAAGGAAACAUUGUUUUAGUCAGUUUCAUUGCUACAAAAUUGGCAGUUCAAUUAUUUAACUGCUUUUGUUUUUACCAUGACAUAUUGCAGAUAUGAAAACAUGUUUGAUUGCGAUACGAGCGACCCUUGACUCUGUGAUGGACGCAUCUUCCUAAGCUGAAGGAGCGGAACUCUUCUGUUCGUUUCCUCUGUGCAUUUCUAGUAUGUUAUACAGUAUUAUGAUAGUAAAUGAAUAUCACCUGAAUGUAUGUUUUGAAUACUAUGGCAAAUGAUAAAAAUAUGAAAGUUCUUAACUGUGAGCAGAUGUAGGGUGGCUCGCAUAAAAAAAAAAAGUAAUAAAUUUCAUCUUAGCCUCA